CGCUGGUUUUCAUCAACUGUGACUUUUAUUUCGAAAAGGAUGGUGUAGCCCUUUAUAUUCAUCCAUCAUUCAUUAUCCUUCCCAUUUGCCCCAUGUUCUCUUCCAUGUAUUCCCUGUGGCUGCAUCCUUUCUUUUUCAUUCGGAAAAUCAUCUCACUACAAUCCUUUGAUGGCGUCGUUAACCGUUUCCUGGUGACCUUCGCCGAUGCCAUUUUAUCUGUUUACUUCCGCUACUGCGGCCUCUCCCGAUCCACCGUCCACAUCCACAACAACCAAACCACGAUGUACAUUUGGGCAGCCAACCACAGCAACAGCAACAGGCCGAACCUUGUGCUCAUCCAUGGAUUUGGGGGAAAUUCCAAAUGGCAGUUCAUUUUGCAAGUAACUCAGCUGACACGUGAUUUCAAUGUCUACAUACCGGAUCUCGUAUUCUUCGGUGAUUCCUACUCUAGUAUACCGGAUCGUAGCGUUAGGUUUCAGGCGAAGUGUGUGUGCGAUGGGUUGAAGAAGAUGGGAGUGGCGAAGUUUUCCGUGUAUGCCAUCAGUUAUGGGGGAUUUGUUGGCUACCGGAUGGCGGAGGAGCAUGAGGAAAUGGUGGAGAAAUUGGUGAUUGUUAGUAGUGGGAUUGUGUGUAAGCAGGAUCGGAAAUUGGAGCAUGUGAAGCAGAUAGGGCGGAGCGUGGUGGAUUUGUUGGUGCCUAAGACACCUGAGGAUUUACGGAUAUUGUGCCAGAUGACGAUUCAAAAGUACGACGUCGGUAGGUGGAUUCCGGAUUUCUUUCUUUGGGGGUUUAUUGCUUUUGAAUGUUGCAUGAAGGAAAAAGAAGAACUGGUACUUGAUUUGCUCAACGAGAAGCCCGAUAUUGUUUAUCCAGUCCUGACACAGGAAACGCUUCUAAUAUGGGGUGAUAAGGAUGUAGUCUUCCCUCUUGAUUGGGGACAUCAGCUUCAUAGGCAUUUGGGUGGAAAAUCGAAGAUAGAGAUAAUUAAGAAUGUAGGGCAUGCCAUAAAUUUUGAAGCUCCUCACUCGUUGAAUCAAUUCAUUACAUCAUUUGUAUCGGCCUCGGGUUAAUUGGAUUUCUUAAUGAAUAUAAUCAUUCUUAAGAUUUAUUCUUCAAAUAAAAUGUAUUAAUAUCUGUUUUUACAUAGUGUUUCGACACAUUAUUUUUGA